AUGGUUGGCGUUCCUGGGCGAUCGAAGGGUUGCAAUACCUGCCGCAAACGAAAGAUUGGGGUAAGCCACCUAUCAUCUCAAUUCAUGCACCUCAUACACGAACCCAGGCUUCUGGAGUGGAAGGUCGCCAAGGUGCCCCACCAUGAUUCGCUACUGCUGCGUCCUCUCCUCCAUCCGUUUGUCCGGCGGAUUGGUGUGACAGAUCGAGUUCUGAAGAUUGGGUGGUAAAUGAUGCGGGUCUUGGGAAAAAGAUAUUACCAGGCCCAGAUCGGAUCUUAUAUAUCCCUUUCCCCCGCAUGUCGUUAUUGCCUCAACCGAGUUGAUAGGGCUGAUAAUCGAAAAGUGUGACCAGAAAAGGCCGGAAUGUGGAAACUGCAUAAAAUCAAAUAGGGUAUGCGCGGGAUAUCACCGUGCGGUGGUGUUUCGUAAUGCGACUGGUCCGGGACUCAGUACGCAUGCAGCCAAAGCUUCGGUGCCUCCGGAUCCCAAGACCGGUUCUUCGGGCGACGGUGGCUCCGCUAAUAGCGGCACCGCGAAGGACGCUGUGAUAAGACUGCCCCCGCGCUCAGUCAAGGAAGCGCAUUUCCCGCUCCUUGCUACCCCACCUCCCCAGCCACAUCACCGGUCCGCAUUUGUGGCGCAUUUUCUGGACUGGUACACACCAGCCAGCUCUCAGUUAGGGGGAAUUCCCUCGGGAUGGGUUCACUCAAUCCCUUUUUCUCUGAAUUGCGGCGUUCGAGUUUUCGACACGGCCAUAAUGGCAAUGUGCACCGUGUUUGUCGGCCGGUGGAGCAAGGACGAGCGGCUCGUCCAGGAGAGCACAAGGAUAUACACGAUUGCCUUGGCAGAGUUGAGUGCCACGCUCUCGAGCCGGGAGGUUUCUAUCCGGGACGAGACGUUAGCAGCGACCAUGUCGUUGGCCAUGUUCGAGGUCGGUGACUGCAUCCUACUGAUCCGAAUAUCGGAAUAUCUAACAAUGCGAAGACGAUGGGGUGUACAGAGCCGAGCGGAUGGCAGCGACACGCGGACGGUAUGGCAUUGUUGGUUCGGCUGAGAGGGCCGGAAGUGCACAAGACCGGGUUAGCCCAUUUUCUAUUUAGCAGUUUUCUUAGUGUUAACGUAUUCCUCCUUUUCCUCUUCUGUGGAGCGCCCGGAUGCUAGCUAACACAGGAAUAGUUAAUCAACUCACUCAUAAUCCGCAGACGCAGCUUCCUUGCGUCGGAGGAAUGGCGCACGAUCCCCUGGACCAACGUCCGAAGGGUCCCGGUUCAGGACUUGCAGGACUUGCUCCUAGAACUCCCGGCGAUUCUCGAGGACCAGGACACGCUCCCGCGCUCUGCUCACCCCUCGCUUCUCAGGCGCUGUCUGGACCUUAGAGCCCGACUGAACGCGUGGCACGAAAACUUCACGCGCAACUGCCCCAACCCGCACUACUGGCUGGAGUUCUCCGCCUUAAACAUCGACCCCCCCGUCUUCCCCACCCGUUACCAAUUCUCAAACGUCGGAGUCGCACACACUUGCACUUUCUACUGGACAAACCUAAUAAUCUUAUACUCGACAGUGAUCGGAUUAACUCCCACCUCUGAAGCCCCCCUUGUAACGAUCGAUGAAAUAUACGACCUUGGAGCACAGAUAUGCAUGUCCAUGGAGUACUAUAUCUCUCCGGGGAAGAAGUCGUACGGGCCGGUGCUGAGCAUGUACCCGCUCAGGAUUGCUGCCGAGUGUUUUAAGAGGAUGGGGGAGAAGGGGGAGAGGAGUACACUUUGGUGCAGGGCCAUUUUCAAAAUUUUGGAAGAAAAGGGGAUUGUACUUGCGAGGAUGUUGGAGAAGCUGGCACGGAAGAGCAAGGAGAGUACGGAGGUUGUAAGAGCGUGGCAGGCUAAGGAGUGGGCAGGGAGGGGGUUUUGGGACCGGAUGGAAGAGGGGUCGGCUGAGGGGGGAGACGUGGUGCAGAGGGGGAGGAUGGAGGAGCGAAUGGGAUAGUAGAGUGUCUGCAUGUUGCGGGGU